GCCAGCAGCGGUCAACACAGAACGAGGAGAACAGUUCAUACAACUAACAUGAAGGUUCAGAUCGCUUUCGUUCUGGCUCUGGCCACCCUGGCCACCGCCGCCCGCCCCAAGAGACACGGCCUCGGCUACGACGGCGGCCUGACCAGCUACUCCGGCUCUGGCGACUUCUCCUCCACUGCGCUGUCCAGCUACCCCUCCUUCUCCAGCCAGGCCUACUCUGCUCCCGCCCAGAGCUUCUCCAGCUACGCCGCCCCGGCCCAGAUGAGCUUCGCCAGCUACGCGCCAGCGAUGAGCUACUCCAGCUACGCCCCGGCAAUGAGCUACUCCAGCUACUCCGCUCCUAGCUUCUCCAGCUUCUCCGCCCCCAGCGUCUCCAGCUACUCCGCCCCCAGCGUCUCCAGCUACUCCGUCCCCAGCGUCUCCAGCUACUCCGCCCCCAGCGUCUCCAGCUACUCCGUCCCCAGUGUCUCCAGCUACUCCGCCCCCAGCGUCUCCAGCUACUCCGCCCCCAGCGUCUCCAGCUACUCCGUCCCCAGUGUCUCCAGCUACUCUGCCCCCAGCGUGUCCAGCUACUCCGCUCCCAGCUUCUCCGCCCCCAGCGUCUCCAGCUACUCUGCCCCCGCCUUGAGCUCCGCGAGCUACUCUGCCCCCAGCUUCUCCAGCUACUCUGCUCCCAGUUUCUCCAGCUAUUCAGCCCCCGCCCAGAUGAGCUUCUCCAGCUACGCCGCCCCAUCUCUGGGUGCCUCCAGCUUCUCUGCCCCCAGCGUCUCCAGCUACUCUGCCCCGAGCUUCACCAGCUACUCUGCCCCCACCCUGAGCUCCUCCAGCUAUUCUGCACCUAGCUUCUCCAGCUACUCCGCCCCCAGCGUGUCCAGCUACUCCGCCCCCAGCUUCUCCAGCUACCCCGCCCUGAGCUCUUCCAGCUACUCCGCCCCCAGCUUCUCCAGCUACGCCGCUCCAGCGAUGAGCUACUCCAUGCCCAGCUACGACCUUGGUUCCAGCUACGGCUCUAUGUACGGCUCCAGCUACGGACACGGCAGCCACGGCCUCAGCUGGUAAUUUAGUUCAAGACUUUAUGCCAAAAAAAAAGUCAAAAACCCCUGUUAGACCUCGCGCAUCAUUGUCAUCAUCGAAAAAAUAAAAUCAUUUAAACCA